AUGAACACCAAAACCCUCCUUCUUUCCAUUCUUUCGGCUCCCGCCCUCGUUAACGCGGUUGCCAUCUACGAGACCGUUCAUCAGACUUUCUACGUUACCGUCGACUCUGACGGAAACGUUGUUGGUGUCCCCCCUAUCGCCUCUCCCACUACGGUCGAGGCUGCUCCUGUGACCAACGCGCCUGCCGCCGUUACCACAACCGAGGCCGCCGCCGCUCCCGUUGUGACUCCUGUCGCCUACCAGUACGUUCCAGCUGCUGAGUCUAGCGCUAAGACCACUUCGACUGCUGCACCCGCUCCUGCUACCUCAAGCGCUGCCGACUCCUCCGACUCCAACCUCGACUCCUUCGCUCAGACCAUUGUCGACUACCAUAACAAGGUUCGUGCCGAGCACGGUGUUGGUGCCGUCGAGUGGGACGAUGAGCUUGCUAGCUUUGCCAGCAACUACCUUGCUGGUGACAACUGCCAGUUCAAGCACUCUGGUGGUCCUUACGGUGAGAACAUCGCCAUGGGUUACGGCACCACCACCGGUGCCCUUGAGGCCUGGUACGACGAGAACAGCCAGUACAACUAUGCUGCUGGUCAGUUCAGUGCUAGCACCGGCCACUUCACCCAGAUGGUUUGGAAGGGCACUACCAAGGUUGGCUGUGCCCAGACUGACUGCGGCAUGGGUCCCUUCUUGGUCUGUGAGUACUCGCCUCGCGGUAAUGUUAUUGGUCAAUUCACUGAGAACGUCUUUGCCUAA